GCGACGAACAGCGAAGGAAAAUCCGUCAAAUAGAGCAGCAGAAACGCUCGUCAGAGACCACGGGGAAGAAGGAAAGCAGAGGCCGCGCCGAGUGUCGGCAGCAGGCCCCUUCCCUGAGAAAAGGCUCGUUUCUUGACGGGUUUUAACCUGUUUUUUUUCCGGGCACAGACAGCGGCGGAUACGCGAAGAGUUUCGAGGAUUCGCAACAGAUCACCCUCAAAGUUUUUCUUUGAAUGUCGAGUGCCGUAUGACAGUUUUCGCUACGGAUCUCGCCACGCAGUCCGUUUGACAUAUGCCUCCAGGUCCCCUCUGUGCGGAGAGGACUCGCGCGGCUCUCUCGCGUUUCUGCCGGAGGUCAAAGCGGGGAUUUUCCUCGUUGUGAGCAGAAGAAACUCCUACUUUUCGAACCCUUUCAGACGCUAGACCCUAAACUCCUCGUUUUUGGGGAGAAUCGCCAGCAGGCGGGGGGAACGGCAGUCUUCCCCCUCCCGGCACCCCACCCUCCUCUCUGAUUUCCGACGGAGGGCCUAUUCUGCCUUAACGUAGCGCAGAGAGGACAGAAAAAACGUUUUUUCACUGAAAUCUACACCUCCGUCCUGAGGACGUCAACCACCCUGUAGGAAAGUUGGAAAUUCAGGAUCUGCUACCUACAACGCCCCCCCCCCCCCGCCGUCCGUCUGCCUUAAGUCUCUCCAGCUGCUUCCGGCUUCUUCUGCUGGCGCCCUGUGCUUGUGACCAAGCUUCCCGUUGCUUCAUUGUUUUUCAAGUUUCCGAAGGCAAUAUGUGGGUUGAAGGAGGGAAGGAGAGGGAAGGAUGGGAGAACCAAGGCAUGUGAGAAGAACAAAGGACGGAGACGUGGUAGCGUUGUCCCUCUUUCUCCACGAGUCCGUCGCGAAGAAGCAAGGCAGAAAAGAACAAGAGAACUCUUUUCCGCACAAUGCCGCCCUCAGAAGUUCGCUGCGUGCGCCAAGACUCCACCACUCCUUUCAGGCGCCCCGAAACUCUCCACCCAUCUCUCUGUCUCUCCAGGUGUGUCUCUUCCUCUGCGUGCUUUCUGUGCUUUCUAGCCUCCCUCUUGUCUUCGCCUCGUCUCGACGCACCCCCCUCACUGGAGCCACUCCUGAGUUCAGCGAGUCUGAAGCGACCCAGAGACUUCCAACUCUUGAACCCCGCGACUCAGAGGCCCGCAACUCGGGACUGCAUGCGAGGAGACUGUCUCCACCGCCUGACGAGACUUCAGGUGACACCAACGCGGUCGUCGGGGAACCCCGCAGUGCUGCAGGCGAGAAGGGUGUAGAAGAGAUAGCGAGUCUUCAAAAUGGCGCUCGACGCGACGAGGGCGAGGGGGAACCCUCUGAGGAAUCUGCGUCUCUGAUAAACUCCGGUUCUCUUGCUUCGUCUUCCCACCCAAGGAACGGGCCUUCACCCGAGGAAGAAAGUCGAGGGGACAUACGGACUCGCGAGACGACAGGCGGUCCAGAAGAGGCACAACUCGCCGUACGGCAUUUACGAGAAACAGCGCUGAAGGCGCCGUCGCGUCCACAGUCGGAUGGCGUUGAAGCGGAAAGCCGCUUGCAAGUGAAUCGCGUUGCCAAAGGGAGACGCCCGCCUGGCGACGCGGACGAAGCCCCAGCUUCUUCCACACCUGUGGCCGGCCCAGACCCUGUCUUGUUGAGUUUGGGGAGUGAGACGGCUCUCGGAGCCUCUGUUCCGGGUCACCAUGAGUCUGCCCUCCGUGUCUCUGCGCCCUCGUCUGGUGGCUUCUCAGCAAUCGAUGCUGUGACUCUUCUGGAGAGGAAGGUGGCGGGGAGCGAGAGAGAAGGCGUAACUGGGGAGACCCCCGCGCCCCUCCAGGGGCCUCAGUCGAAGAGGGAACACGAGGUCCAGGGGGUCAGAGAGCCGAAGGAGAUAGGUGGACUCGCGGGGAAGAAGGAGACGCAACGUACCCAGGUUCACGCGGAGGCGAAGAAACCAGCCGAGAAACAGAAGGAGAAAGACAGAGGGAAGGCUACCGCGGGGAAGAGGGCACCGGAAAAGGAGAAGCUCCUGAGAGUGCGGUCAGAAGCGUCUCAUCUCUCUCGACUGUUUAGAUGGCCGAGCCGUGGCGCUGCAACGCAGACUCCGCCGUCGGCGCCCGGGGCGCCUAGGGGGGCGACACAGGCCAGCUCCGGAGACAACACCGCGGGGAAGAGGAACGAUCGCGCUCUGAACGAUGGAAAAGAAGGCCAUUCGUCCGGAAAACAUGGAGGCCGCUUGAACGUGGAGCGGCGACGCCACUCCGCUCCGCCGGCUUCCUUCUCUUCACCAGCCUCGAAGCGGCGGGCCGCCCCCCAGGCGUCGGGGGCGGUGGGCGCCAGCGCGUCUGCCUCCGCCUCAGGGGGUUCUGGGAAUGGCGAGACGAGUGCGGAGAGAGGGGAGAUCUCUGUGACGUCUCUGAAGAGGCACUUAAGGCAGGCGUUUGCGUUCUCUUCGCCGAACAAGAGCAGGAAGGACUGGAAGCGCGAGAACAGUGCGACCGAGUCCGGAGACAGCAGAGAGAACAGGGCGGACAAGGCGAAGCGUGUUCGAAAGCAGGAAGGUAAGAAAAAAUCCCUCGAAAAUCCCAGCGAGAAGUCGGCAGGCAAGAGCCGCCGCCGCAACCGCGAAAGGAGGCUGCAGACUCAGAGGAGACGCCAGCAACGCCUUCCAGUGAACCAACUGGGCGACCGCGACGACCCCACAGAGUUCGCUUCCUACUUGUCUCCGACUUCGAGUUCGCGGAAGGCUCGAGGCCCUGGCGGGGGGCGAAACGGCAGGCAGCACGUCGGCCACAUAGCAGUCGAAGAGGAGGGCCGAGUGAGUCUGCCAGCGUCGCCAGUGGCGUCCUCGAGUCUCCCCGACCCGUCCACAGGCCCCAGGCGAAGGCGCCGGGGCGCUGGACAGCGAGAUUUCAGAUAUGGCGGUCGAGAGCGCGCUGUGAGGCGCCGGAAAACCCCGGAGAGGUCCCCAACCUCGGUCGGGUCCGGCGAGGCGACGCCUCCUGUCUCCUCCGGCAUUGACCCGCUGGUUCCGGGGCUCGAAGGCACGAUCUCGCGCCCCACCAGUGAAAACAAGGCGCAGCCUGUGACACCUACCGCCUCCCGGAGACGACGGCGCUACGCGUAUCGAGGGCCGGGCAAGCGACCUCCCACGGUGCAGAUGGAGAGGGGCAACGACGCGGGAGCGGCGCGGGACGAGGGGGACAAGAGAGAGGAGGCGGAGACAUUGUGGGGUGGUAAAGACCUCAUCGGCAAGGGCGUGGCUUCGCUGACCGAGAUACAGGAAAACCCCACACAAGGCGAGACCCCUUCGCUUCCAGACUCGAGGCCUCGCUCGCCGCAGAGCGACAGGGGAGGAGACAGAUCAAAGCAUGGAUUGAAGGCAGAUCGCUCCGGUUCCAGAGGGCACCUCAGUCACGCGCCGUCCCCGUCGAGGGGACUGGAGCGCGGAAAUAGUACCGCCCUGCAGUCGAACGGCGCUGAAGUGGAGGGAAGUCGCAUCGCGGCAAAAAGAGAAGGCGGGGCACACGACCCGCUGACGAAGUCGAGCCGCAUCGAGGAGACAGAAGCCGAGGACGAGCAGGUGCGCGAGAAGAAGAAACGCGGAGGCAUGCGAAGCGGCAGAAACAGAGACAAGAAAGACAAGAAGGAAGGCGCCGGAGACGUCAUAGCAGACAGAGGAGAACAGGCGUCAGACAACAGCGACGACGGACCUGGAGACCAUUUCUGGGGCCCCCCGGGAGACGGCGUGGCGUAUCUGUUCUCCCCAGAAAACCGCAAGCGGCUCUGCCACUCACUGUACCAACAGCCAGACUACGCGGAAAUGUUUGUCGUUCUGUUUCUCCUCCACCUUCGCUGGCCCUCGUACACGCAACAAGAAGGCGGCACAAGUUUCUUCUUCAAGACGCUGCAAGCAUACACCGCCAGCCUCGUGGACGGUCAAAGCCCCGCGAAUUUUUUUUCACUUCUUCGCGACUGUCCGCUCCAUGAGAUCAGCAACCAGGUGAUAUCUUCACUGACACCCCGAAUUCAGUCUCGGACAGAUCUCCAGGCGCUUGCCGAAGAGAUGAUUCGCACCAAGCCGCCCUUCUUCGCGUACAGCCUCGCGUACACGGCGCCGGCCAGCAAGACGCUGCGGACUUCUUGGGGCUUCUUUGCCACGUUGGUCGUCGUUUGGGAGGUGUUUGCUACGGGUGUGUUGCGCGAGGAUCUGUUCGGUCUGAGCUCUGCUGAACUCAACAAACUCCAAAAAAACGACCCGUUCUUCUGGGCGGCUCUCGCCGAGGGACUCCUCGACGUCUGGUCCAUGCAACGCGCCGUCAACACCUCGCUGUUGUGGACUUACAUGACGGUCUCCUCGCUAAUCGAUACCGGACCAACUUCCAGGGUCCAGAACUCUGUGGGGAUUCUUCUGCUUGAGGACAUGGGAAGCUCUUUCGGAGCCUUUUCCGCAUCGUCGCCCUUCGUUUCGCCCGAGGCUGCAAGCAAGCCUCAGAACGCGCCCAGGAGCUCCGCUGAGCCGUCGAACGAAGCUGGUUGCUCGCUGUUGUCGAUGCCGGACCUGAGCGGUCCUGCGGCCUUGCGGGCUUUGCAGGAGGUGGUGGAGAAGGCGAUUAGAAAGAAACUCGAACAGGCUGUGGACAAGCGCGUGGCGCCAGUGGCAGGUUGCAGGCGUCUGUCGAAUUGUUUGGGCAACGUGUGUGAAGAAGACCCAGUCCAAGGGGGGCCCGAGCGAGGCCGGCCCAUGGCUUCGCCCUCGCCAUUCAUUCAGUACAGCUCUUGUGAGACGCUCUGGAGACGAGUGGCGUCGCAUCUUCCCUUCAUUCAAGUCACCGGGUUCUACAUGCGUCGGAGCGCGGACCCGAGAAGGUUCUUCCCGCCGGCCGGGACUGCGACCCAUAACGGUGUCGCGUCAUCUCGCCGUGGUAGCUCUUCUUCCUUUCCUCCGUCUUCCUUGUCUUUUUCCUCAUCUUCCUCUUCUUCCACGUCUUAUGCUGCACCGUUUCCCUCCAAUCAUCUCUCUUUUGUGUCACCAUUCUCCUCUUCGCCCUCGCCGCCUUCUUACUCGUACUCGUCCUCGUCUCCUGUAUCUUCUUCGUUAGCGGAGGAGCGGGGGUUGGAGGUUGGAGACUUUGGCAGCGAGGUUCCGCAGGCGAUUCUCCAGAAGAUGAAGGCAGAUCUGCCAGCUGGGGGGAUUCUUGUGCAGCUCUCUCUGGUGGACGCGUGGGGGUCACACUGGUACGGACGAGAAUCGCAAGAGUCGGUGGAAACCGGAGAUAAGCCUGAAGCUGAGGCGUCAAACGAGGACGCGACGGCUGCCCCAGAAAAUUGUCCGGAGCCGCUGGAAUGCAGCAGCGGCUCGUCGAGUCCAAGGUGCGCAACGCCAGUUUACGUUCCGGCAACGACUGCGAUGGAACUCUUUCGCGUCGAUUUGAGUGUAGACCCUUCUCUGGAGAGUGUGCCGGGACGCGUCUCCGCUCUCGCUGUCGAGGUGAUUGGCAUCGACUCCAUCGAUGUGUUUGAGCAAGGCACAGACCCCCGGCGUGACCCUGACGUCCACGUCUACCUCUCGGUACCGGAGGUCGAGUUCUACGGCGAACAGGAGGUCCGAGACGAAAUCUACACGCUCAUUUCCGGGCAACCGUCUGACUGGGUUGCGGCAGCCAUGAGGACCAUCUCCUGGGACAGAGUCCAGGUGUUGGGCACCGCGCGCUGGACGGGGCUCCCGCCCUCGGCAGGGGCAACUCCGGGCGUCGAGAAGCGGGACCACGCGAGGAGCAGCGAGGAGCCAAGAGAGACGUGGAAACGGAGGGCCGACACUGCGGACUCGGCGACGAGCCCAGUGUCUGAAGGUCAAGAGCAAGCGAGAUACGUCUCUCGACAACUCGGAGCCGGGAAGCGAGCAGGAGAGAAUGGAGAAGAAAAAGUCCCCGACCGUCAGGGCGCAGGUCUACAGGGACGAGGCUCCGCGGGGCGUUCGGAGGGCGGGGUGUCAGGCCCCGGCCGCGACCCUGUGGGGACCUUGACGUCUGGAAAGGAGACACGAAGCGGGGACCAAGAGACGGCGACGGAAACCGACGUGGAGGCCGAGAAGAAGCAGAGACUGAAAUGCGCCUUUGGCAGACUGGAAAAGACUCGAGGGUUCGGCAAGCGGUACGAGAGCACUCGGACUGACUCCUCGACAGAAGCCUCGCCGUCUCUCCCCAAGACAGGCGCGAGGGUCCGCAGCUCGUCUUCUUCGUCCAAAUGGAAGAACGGGAGAGACGCCAGGCGUGCAGAUGGCGCCGAUGCCGCGCCGCUUUACGGCUCCGACGAAGUCUUGGCCUUUGGCUGGCAGCCGGGUCAUCUGAUUGUUCAUGUCCUUAUUGAAGGCCUUGCGGUCCGGUACAAGACUGCACGACGCGAGGCGUCCGCGGACGAUCUGAUCCUCGAAAUGACUGCGGAGGAAGCAAAACUGCGACUGACAAGGCGAAUUCGUGGAAGAGACACUCGGGUGGUUCACGUCCACCUCGACCACAGAAACAUCGAGCUUGCAGAUGUGCAGACUCCGACGGAUUACCCACGCAGCGACGAGGAAGAAGAAGGAGUCCCCAUAACGACCGCGGUGCUGUCGAAUGUGUUUCUCGCUGUCUUCAUGAUUCUUGUCCUAACCUGUUUGCAUCUGGUACACAAACAGAAAAAGGGGCCGUUCUGGCUGCUGUGUUGCUGCGGCGGGGAAUUUCCGUGGCUGGCAAAGAAGAAGCGAGAGUCGAAGCUGCACGAGCAAACUGGAAUGCGGUCCGAGAGGUCUUUGGAAACCACCGCGCCUGGGACGCCAUGUCCGCCCAAGGCGGCUUCCUACGGGGACGAGGAAGGCACCGCGGAAGCGGAGCCCAUCGCGCAUGCAUUCGAGGCCGCAGAAGCAGAUCUGAGCACUUACGGGGCCUCGCAGCAUUCCUCGAUGCUGCUUGGGUCGCCGGCCGUGUCUCCGCGGGAGUCUCUGUUUUCCGGCCGCGACCCCGAAGUAGACGAAGAGUCAGUAGAAACCGAUCGCUCGCGCGCGGAGCCGUCGACGCUGUCUCCGGUAUCGCCUCUGCGGAUUGCUCGGUUGCGGGCCUCGCCGUUCUCCAACUCUCCGACCUGGCAUGCAGGGGACUGCGACUCCAGGCGAGCCCCAGACAACACGCAGAGAGAGAGAGACCAAGACGACGCGGGCCCGCGCGCCGUACGCUUCCGCCGCACCAGCCUGUUCGGCUCGGAGACAGCGGGCCCGUUGGGCUCCAUGUUCUCGUCUGCCGACAUCCCGCGCGUGUGGGACGCCUGGGCCCCAGGCGCGGGACCUGGCGGGAUGGUGGCCUUCGAAAGUCCUCGGCGCGCAGUUCUCCGGCGAUGCGUCUCUGCUAUUGAGCGCGAGGACAGCACCUACUCGGCCUCGGUCGACUUGUCUUCUCUACGCUCUUCAUCCUCGUCAAGCGUCGAAAUCUACGACUCAACGCCCUCUCUGCGGCGGUCUGCCUCUUGCCGCACCGCCUCCCGUCGCUUCUCGAUUCGGGAGUCUCUUCCCAGCGUUCAUCUUCGGUGGAACUACUUCUCCCCCAAACCUUCGUCUCCGAUCUCAGCUGACUCGAGCGCGGAGUCCGAAGGCGCCGCCCCCGGUCGCAGAACCAAACGGUGAACCCUGCCCCCUUUGCCUCAAUCUCAGGGACUGUCAGGUCGGCGUUCGGGCCCCGUCUUGGGUGCGAUAGGUUGAAAAAAGAACACGAGAGAAGUCCGUUAUCGGGGUGUCUCUUGCCCCGGAACGACCUGCGCGCGUCGUCUACGUCCGUGUCUAUGCAGCUUGCGACAACCCUCAUCAUCGAUCAUUGGCUGUCUACAGGGAUUUUGGCUGUUCGAUUUUCAUACCGAGACAGGCGCGUUUUUCCGCACCAAGAGAAAGUAACUAUUUUUCCAGCGUAUCUGUGUGCUGUGAGUGCCGACCUCCCCUCGUCCGCAAUGCCGCCCCGAGCUGUUUCAUAGGAGAUGUUAACGCUGUGCUUUAUUUUUCCGAUUCGUUUGUGUAGAGAGUGUAGAGAACCGGAUGGGUGCGUCAUAGCGCAGAGGCGCUCAGACGCGCCUCUAGGAGGCACCGUGCCUUCAUGCGCACAGCAAGCUGAGAACCGAGCAGGUUUUCUUAUCGCCGCAUUUGCGCUGUCCAUUCAAUAUGUCAACCUUUCCAG